AUGCCAAAGCAAUCCAAAAAGAAGAGCAAAUCCUCAUCCCAAACAACCUCCGAAAAAGCAUCAGAACCAGCCAAACCAAAAGAACUUCCAGCUUCAUUGAAAGAACACGAAGAGAGUGAAACAUCCAUCAAGAGAAAAGUCAAAAAACUGGCCAAUUAUUUGAAAGAAGCCAAACAUGUAGUGAUUUAUACUGGAGCUGGUAUUUCAACAAGUGCACAAUUGAGUGAUUAUCGUGGGCCGAAAGGAGUUUGGACUGCAAUGGAAUAUGGUGUUGAGGAAUAUGAAGGUGUGGAAAUUGAGCAAGCUGUUCCUACCUAUUGUCACUAUGCCAUCACACAUUUGGUCAAGAAGGAUUAUGUAAAGUAUGUCGUAUCGACCAAUGUGGAUGGUCUUCAUAGAAGAUCUGGAUUACCUAGAGAUAAGCUUGCUGAAUUACACGGAAAUUGUUAUGUUGAAUAUUGUAACAAGUGUGAAAAGGAAUAUUUGAGAGGAUUUGAUGUUAGUAAGAAUGAAAAGGAUUGGACCAAGCACUUUACUGGAAGAAAGUGUGAAUGUGGUGGCAGACUUAAAGAUAAUAUAAUUCACUUUGAUGAAGAUUUGCCUGAGAAGGAUUUUGAUCAAGCAAUGGAUCAUUCAAAGAAGGGUGAUUUUGCAUUGGUUCUUGGAACAAGUAUGAAAGUUACCCCUAGUUGUGAAUUCCCACUUGAAGUUCUAGAUAAUAAGGGAAUGAUGUGUAUUGUAAAUUUACAGAAAACUGAAUAUGAUAGAUUGGCAACUGUCAGAAUUUUUGGUAAGACUGACUUGUUUAUGCAAUUGUUAAUGAAAGAAUUGGAAGAAGAGGAAAAUGUUGAUACUUCAUUUGAUGCUCUUCAAGUGAUUAAUAUUGAUUAG